AUGAGUGAAGAAGGCCGACUCUUAACCUCCCUCGAGGAGGUGGUGACAUUCAAGGAUGUAGCUGUGGACUUCACGCGCGAGGAGUGGCGCCUCUUGGCCCCUCCCCAGAAGAAGCUGUACAAGGAGGUGAUGUUGGAGAAUGCCUGGAACCUGCUCUCUGUGGGAUUAAGCCCGGUUGUGGUUGAUCUGCACAGCUCAGAGUGCCCUGACAUCAAAACUUCAAAAGGGGUUGUGGGGCAGCACAAGAUGGAGGGAGAGAUAAGAGGUGAAAUAAAGUUGACUCCACCAGAAGUGAGCCUCUCUGUGGAAGAAACAGGACAACAAAUAUUCGUUAGUGAUGGUUCCAAUAGCUUAGCUCAGAGAGAAUUUGGUGUUGAAUUUCAAAUUUCAUCCCUUAUUGAACAUCAAAGAAUGCACACUAAGGAAAAAUCUAGUGAAUAUCAUCAGUGUAGAAAGACAUUCAGUCAUAACUCCAGUCUUGCUGUACAUCAGAGAAUUCACACUGGGGAGAAACCUUAUGAAUGCAAUCAGUGUGGAAAGACAUUCAGUAAUAGCUCCAGUCUUUCUGCACAUCAGAGAAUCCACACUGGGGAGAAACCUUAUGAAUGCAAUCACUGUGGAAAGACAUUCAGGGACAACUCCAGUCUUGCUGUACAUCAGAGAAUCCACACUGGGGAGAAACCUUAUGAAUGUAAUCAGUGUGGAAAGACAUUUAGGGACCGCUACAAGCUUGCUGCACAUCAAAGAAUCCACACUGGGGAGAAACCUUAUGAAUGCAAUCAGUGUGGAAAAACAUUCAGUCAGAGGUUCAAUCUUGCUGCACAUCAGAGAAUCCACACUGGGGAGAAACCUUAUGAAUGCAAUCAAUGUGAGAAGACAUUCAGUCGGAGCUCUAAUCUUGUUGUACAUCAGAGGAUCCACACUGGAGAGAAACCUUAUGAAUGCAAUCAGUGUGGAAAGACAUUCAGGGACAGCACCAGUCUUGCUGCACAUCAGAGAAUCCACACUAGGGAGAAGCCUUAUGAAUGCAAUCAAUGUGAGAAGACAUUCAGUCGGGGCUCUAAUCUUGCUGUACAUCAGAGAAUCCACACUGGGGAGAAACCUUAUAACUGCAAUCAGUGUGGAAAAACAUUCAGGGACAGCCCCAAUCUUGUUGUACAUCAGAGAAUCCAUACUGGGGAAAAACCUUACUUAUGCAAUAUGUGUGGAAAGACAUUCAGGGACAGCUCCAAUCUUGCUGUACAUCAGAGAAUCCACACUGGGGAGAAACCUUAUGAAUGCAAUCAGUGUAGAAAGGCAUUCAGGGAUAGCACCAGUCUUGCUUAUCAUCAAAGAAUUCACACUGGGGAGAAACCUUAUUUAUGUAAUCAAUGUGGAAAAACAUUCAGUCAGAGCUCCCAUCUUGCUGUACAUCAGAGAAUCCACACUGGGGAAAAACCCUAUGAAUGCAAUCAGUGUGGAAAGACAUUCAGUCAGAGGUCCCAUCUUGCUGUACAUCAGAGAAUCCACACUGGGGAGAAACCUUAUAAAUGCAAUCAGUGUGGAAAGACAUUUAGACGGAGAGCCAAUCUUGCUUAUCAUCAGAGAAUCCACACUGGGGAGAAACCUUACGAAUACAAGUGUUGAGAGUUUUCAUUGCUUCCCCCUUUUUCUAUUUAAGAGGCAUUCAACAAUAUUUCUGAGUAAGAGACCACCUGCUGUGCAGUGUGUAAGUUGGUGACAGAAGUGUGUGGCAGAGUGAGAUUAGUAAGUUGCAGGUAGUUGGAAAGGGCUUUUUGUUUCUGGGCCCCCUGAGGAGUGUGUGACUUGCUCUCUGGAACUGAGAAUUUCUAACUGACCAUUGGAUGCAGAGAAAUGGAUUUAAGGCCUUAACAGCCUUAUUGAUUACUGAUUAAAUUGAGUACAUAGGUGGAUAGAUAGUGGGCAUAUUAUUAGAUAGAAAGUAGGAGACUAGGCUGGACCUUGGCCUGCCAGAAGAUGCUGCCCUUGAAAUCAGAUAGAUUGAGGGCUUUUUGUAGAAAAUUUUAGUUAGGAUUGGGAUCUUAAUUAUAAUUAUAGGCUGUUAUAAGAUUACUCUCACUUUCCUCCUUUCUGUUUUUUAUUCCUGAUAAUAAAUUAAGCGUUUUGCAUUUAAGAAACCACUCUCCUGACUUUUGUUCAAACUUCUGUCCCCCAAAUUUUAACCCUUUGCACAGGCAAUGUGGAAAGACAUUCAAAGUGAGAUACGAACUUGCUCUACAUCCGAGAAUCCACACAGGGGAGAAACCUUAUGAAUGCAAUUAGCUACCUUCCAUCUUUCCCUAUCUUUCUCUCCCUUUUUCCAAAAGAACGUAGUCCAUGUAGAAAGACAUUCAGUCAGAUCUCUAGUCUUGC